ACCCUCUCUCGACCAACUCUUGCUUCACGAGCUACUGCUUAAUCAAACUAAUUAAGUGUAGAACAUCUCCUUGAUUUCUUCUAUAUAUACCUUCUCUUGACCUACUCUUGCUUCACGAGCUACUGCUUAUUGCACACACAAUUUCUCUCUCGGUUUCUUUCUAAAUUUCUCUCUUUCAUUGUUUAUUUUCAUUUUCGUGCAAAAAUGUCAACCGAUCACUAUGUUCUUCCCUUCAUUUUCUCACCUCAUCAUCACUCAUUUCUCAGUUUCCUUUCUCUCGUUCUCUUUGUCUUUGUUUUCUCUUUCUUUUUAGCUCCCGGGGGCUUUGCUUGGGCUGUUUUCAAGUUCAGGGUCAGAAACCAAACACGGUGUGCCAUUCCAGGACCUUCUGGUCUGCCUGUUCUCGGUUUGGUUUUGGCCUUCACUGGUUCUUUAACUCAUCGUGUUCUUGCCAAGAUGGCUGACUCUCAUAAAGCCAAAGCUCUAAUGGCUUUCUCCGUUGGGUUUACUCGUUUUGUUAUAGCGAGCGAACCUGACUCUGCUAAAGAGAUUUUAAACAGCUCCGCUUUCUCUGAUCGGCCGGUUAAGGAGUCGGCGUAUGAGCUUCUGUUUCAUAGAGCAAUAGGGUUUGCUCCAUUUGGUGAGUACUGGAGAAAUCUGAGAAGAAUCUCGUCAACACAUUUGUUUAGCCCCAAAAGAAUAAGUUCUUUCAGCAUGUUCCGGGAAAGAAUCGGGCUAAGAAUGAUUGAUGAGAUAAAAAGUAUAUCAAAGAGAAACGAUCAAGGUGUUGUUGAGGUAAGAAAAGUGUUGCACUUCGGGUCGCUAAACAAUGUGAUGAUGAGCGUGUUCGGGAAGAGUUAUGAGUUUGGUGAUGAAAAGUCAUCAUCAUCAUGCGGUGGUGAUGAGCUUGAGAGUUUGGUUAGUGAAGGCUAUGAAUUGCUUGGAAUCUUCAACUGGGGUGACCAUUUUCCGGUUUUGAGUUGGUUGGAUUUGCAAGGAGUGAGAAAAAGAUGCAGAAGGUUGGUGGGUAGAGUGAAUAUUUUCGUUAGAGAGAUCAUAGAGGAACACAGGGUGGAAAAGGCUAAGAAAAUCAAAGUUCGUGAUGAAGGUGAUUUUGUUGAUGUAUUGCUUGAAUUGGAACAAGAAAACCGGCUCACUGAUUCUGAUAUGAUUGCUGUUUUAUGGGAAAUGAUCUUUAGAGGAACAGAUACAGUGGCGAUUCUCCUUGAAUGGAUUCUUGCAAGAAUGGUGCUGCACCCAGAUAUUCAAGCUAAAGCUCAAUCGGAAAUCGACAUGAUCGUCGGUAUAACCCGAUCGGUGUCUGAUUCUGAUCUCCCAAAGCUCCCUUACCUCCAGGCUAUUGUAAAAGAAACUUUGAGAAUGCACCCACCAGGUCCCCUCCUCUCAUGGGCAAGGCUUGCCAUCCAUGACACCCAAAUAGGCCACCAUUUUGUCCCGGCCGGCACCACUGCCAUGGUGAAUAUGUGGGCUAUAACACACGAUGAGGUGGUCUGGCCUGAGGCCAAUGAGUUCAAGCCUGAGAGGUUUGUCCAUGAAGAUGUGGCCAUUAUGGGGUCUAAUCUCAAACUGGCUCCUUUUGGUUCAGGUAGAAGAGUUUGUCCGGGGAAGGCCCUGGGGUUAGCCACAGUUGAGCUGUGGCUCGCUCAAUUGCUUCAAAACUUCAAGUGGGUGCCUUCUGAGAGUAGUGUGGACUUAUCUGAGUGCCUGAAACUUUCUCUAGAGAUGAAGAACCCUUUGGUUUGCAAAGCUAUUCCGAGGGCUUUCGCUUGAUGCAAGCAUGGAUGAUUGAAAUCAUGAAUGGUGUGAAUUGAAGUUCAGGGUUUUAUUAGUUAUACUAAUGUUUAAUUCUGAAAAAUUAAUAAGGUUUAGCGUUAACAAGGUGAGUGAUAAAAGAAAAUACAAAAAGCAUUAUCAGUAUUAAUGUUUUGAGUGAUCAAGCUUUGGGUUUUGUUUGAAGAUUGAACAAGGUGUUUUGAACGUUGAAGGCUUGCUUCUUUUUUUUCCCCUCGUUGUAAAAAUGGAAUUUUCAUGUCAUGUCCUUGUAUAUUGAUAUUGUCAUAUAUGGAAAUGGAAUCAAUAUGUUUAUAUG